UCUGAGCUGUCAACACAGAGCAACCAGCCACUCUGCCUGCGACAACAUUUUUCUCUCACCAUUAGUCCAUUCUUUUCUUCAACGACGUUUCCCUUCAGAUAACAGCUGCUCCCGUCUCACCAUGACUCGGAGGUGAUCUUCAGCGUGUCCAGGUGGUUCUGGGGUUCCAGGUUGGUGUGGUGAGAGAGCAAACUAACUGUGGGGAGGAGGACUGCCUGGGGCAUUGUGUCCCUGGCUCUCAAGUGACUAAGGGAGGAGCUUGGUACAUUGUUCUGCAGCAUGGAGAUGGACGACCCAAAGGUCCUCAACAAAGGGGAAGAGGAGGAGAUGGAGCUGCAAGGCUACCGUCUGUGUCGUUGGCGGAUGGCCCUCGUGGGCCUCGGGGUGCUGUGUACGGGGGGCUUCCUCCUCCUGCUGCUCUACUGGAUGCCUGAGUGGUGCGUCAAAUCCAUGUGCACCCGUACCACAGCGUGUGAUGCCGAAGUGGUAUUGAUGCGCUCCACGGAUGAGUUCCGCCGCUGGUUCUUGGCCAGGGUACGAGUGAUGCUCGCCCCAGGGAGCAACCCCUUUCACAGCCUGGAGACCCAGACCACCUCCCCCUCCCCUUCCUCUCCCUCCUGCUCCUUCUCCUCACCACAUCUGGCCAACGGACAUAACACCCACCCCUCUGAUGGCAGCCCUGAUCAGGAGCUCUUUGGAAUAUAUGGCGACUACCAGCCCACAAAGAUUCGUUAUUUUACCUUCCAUAGCACAAAGUAUUAUUGGAACGACGGUGUGCAGAACUUUGAAGUUUUAACCGGCCUGGAUGAUCUGCAGGUCAGCUGCUCUACCCUCCACUUGGAGCACAGUGCAGGUCUGACCAGGAACCAGCAGAAGUACAGGAGACUGUUCUUCGGAGUGAAUGAAAUUGCAGUGAAAGUGCCUUCUGUUUUCAAGCUGCUUAUCAAAGAGGUCCUAAACCCUUUCUACAUCUUCCAGCUCUUCAGUGUGAUUCUGUGGAGUGCCGAUGAGUAUUACUAUUAUGCCGUGGCCAUUCUUUUCAUGUCGGUCAUAUCCAUAGCUACCUCUCUGUACACCAUCAAAAAGCAAUACAUCAUGCUUCAUGAUAUGGUGGCAACUCACAGUAUUGUUCGUGUGUCUGUAUGCCAAGCCAAUAAUGAAAUCGAAGAGAUGUUGUCAACUGAUCUGGUGCCCGGUGAUGUGAUGGUCAUCCCCAGCAAUGGGACCAUCAUGCCAUGUGACGCCGUGCUGGUCAGCGGCACCUGCAUCGUCAAUGAAAGCAUGCUCACAGGUGAGAGCGUUCCUGUGACAAAGACUAAUCUCCCCAACCCAUUGCCUGAGGAGAGGGGGGAGGAGGCUGACGCUGCCUACAACUCAGAGGAACAUAAGAGACACACUCUCUUCUGUGGCACCCACGUCAUCCAGACCCGCUACUACACAGGAGACCUGGUCAAGGCUGUGGUGGUCAGCACAGGUUUCAGCACAGCCAAAGGCCAGCUGGUGCGCUCUAUUCUUUACCCAAAACCCACCGACUUCAAACUGUACCGUGAUGCCUACCUCUUCCUGUUGUGUCUGGUGGCUGUGGCUGGAAUUGGCUUUGUCUACUCCAUUGUUCUCAGUGUUUUGCACAAGGUGCCAGCUAAGACCAUCAUCAUUGAGUCUCUGGACAUUAUCACAAUCACUGUGCCACCGGCGCUGCCAGCCGCCAUGACGGCUGGCAUUGUGUAUGCCCAACGACGCCUUAAACGCCUUGGCAUUUUCUGCAUCAGUCCACAGAGAAUCAAUAUCUGCGGUCAAAUCAAUCUGGUCUGCUUUGACAAGACUGGAACUCUGACAGAAGAUGGAUUAGACCUAUGGGGAGUCCAGAGGGUUGAGAAUGGCAGUUUCCAUCUGUCAGAGGAAAACGCAUAUAAGGAAAGUCUUGUCAAGUCCCAGUUUGUGGCUUGUAUGGCCACCUGCCACUCUCUUACCAAAAUAGAAGGCCAGCUGUCUGGAGAUCCACUGGACCUCAAAAUGUUUGAGGCUAUCGGCUGGAUCCUGGAGGAGGCUACUGAGGAGGAAACAUCUCUCCACAACCGUAUCAUGCCCACUGUUGUUCGACCCCCAAAACAGCUGUUGCCCCCACAGCCUGCAGUAUCACCAGAGCAAGACAUGGAACUCUAUGACCUCUCGACAGCGUAUGAGGUAGGAAUCGUGCGGCAGUUUCCUUUUUCUUCAGCACUCCAGAGGAUGUGUGUGGUAGCUCGUCUGCUGGGGGAGAAACGUAUGGAUGCCUAUAUGAAGGGAGCCCCAGAAGUGGUGGCUAGCCUCUGCAAGAAAGAGACUGUGCCAGAAAACUUUACCGAGGUUUUGGAGGGCUACACCAAACAGGGUUUCAGGGUGAUCGCUCUGGCUCAUCGUCGACUUGAAUCCAAACUCACCUGGCACAAAGUACAAAAUAUCAGCAGGGAUCCCAUUGAGGCAAACAUGGAGUUCCUUGGUCUGAUCAUCAUGCAGAACAAGCUGAAGGCAGAAACUCCAGCGGUGCUGCAGGACCUCCACCAAGCCAGCAUUCGCACAGUCAUGGUUACUGGUGACAACAUGCUGACAGCCAUCUCUGUGGCCCGGGACUGUGGAAUGAUCCCUCCCCAAGACACAGUCAUCAUUGCUGAAGCCUUCUCCCCCCAUGAUGGACAAGCUGCAAAGAUCACCUGGAGAUACGCUGACAAGCCGAGCGACACAUCUCGCCUGGAGGCCAUAAACAUCAGUCUGGAGGAUGUCGGUCACGUCGAUGAGCCCAAAGCACAAGAGCUGUACCAUUUUGCUAUGAACGGAAAAUCGUUUGCCGUCAUCUCGGAGCAUUUCCCUGACAUGCUUCAAAGGCUGGUGCUGCAAGGCACAGUGUUUGCCAGAAUGGCCCCGGACCAGAAAACUCAACUCAUUGAAGCGUUGCAAGGCGUAGAUUACUUUGUGGGAAUGUGCGGUGAUGGAGCUAACGACUGUGGGGCUCUGAAAAGGGCACAUGGUGGCAUCUCUCUGUCAGAGCUCGAGGCCUCUGUAGCCUCUCCCUUCACCUCCAAGACCCCCAACAUCUCCUGUGUCCCCAACCUCAUCAGGGAGGGGCGUGCUGCUCUCAUCACUUCCUUCUGUGUGUUCAAGUUCAUGGCGCUCUACAGCAUCAUCCAGUACAUCAGUGUCACUCUCCUCUAUUCUAUCCUUAGUAACCUUGGAGACUUCCAGUUCCUCUUCAUCGAUAUUGCCAUCAUCCUUCUUAUUGUCUUUACCAUGAGUCUGAAUCCAGCUUGGAAAGAACUGGUGUCACGUCGUCCCCCAUCAGGUCUGAUCUCAGGGCCUCUGUUGUUCUCUGUGCUGACCCAGAUCCUCAUCUGCUUGGGCUUCCAGACCUUUACAUUCCUUUGGGUCCGUCAGCAGUCCUGGUACACUGUCUGGACACCACUUACAGAUGUCUGCAACCUGACAUCACAUACUAAUGUGUCUGACCACAAUGACACAGAAGUGGACGACCACAACAUCCAAAACUUCGAGAACACCAGCCUCUUCUAUGUCUCCUCCUUCCAGUAUCUCGUUGUUGCUGUCGUUUUCUCAAAGGGAAAACCUUUCAGGCAGCCUAGCUAUAAGAAUUGGCCUUUUGUGCUGUCGGCCCUGGUUUUGUAUGUUUUCCUGUUGUUCAUCAUGUUCCACCCUGUCAAAGGCAUUGAUGAUUUCCUAGAGAUUGUUUGUGUCCCGUUUGAAUGGAGGAUAAAACUCUUGAUCAUCAUCUUGGUCAAUGCUGCUGUGGCCGUUAUUGUAGAGACCUUCAUCCUUGACAUCAUCUUAUGGAAGCUUGUGUUCAGCCGAGACAAACAGAGCAGCCUCGGCAACACUCCUGUUGCCCCGACACCACAGAGGGCCAUUGACCUUCGAGCAUACAAGUGUCUGUCCCGGCUGUGCUGCCCAAGCAAGAUUCCACCCAAGGCUCGCUACAUGCAUCUGGCCCAGGAGCUCAGUGUGGACCCCGAAUGGCCUCCAAAGCCAACCACCACCACUGAAGCCAAGUCCUGCCCAGAAAAUGGCUCCACCUAUCAAAUCAUGAUAAACUCCUAGCACCCCCCCACAGCACCUCACACACAUCUAAUCUAUCCCUCCGAUAUAGGAGACAUGUAUGCAAAUGCCGAGUGCUCAGUGAACGCACCUUCAAUCUAUUCAAAUUCAAUUGUCAUAGGAUAAUUGCCUGUCGUUACGAAUCACACAGACUUGUGGCUAAUAUUGUAGUUCCAGAGAGUCUUUUGCAAAAACCAUAAGAUUACACAGGAUUACCAAAUAUAGUACCGUUUCAAAUCGCUCAACACUAUUGUUCUCUCCGGCGCAACCACUCACGCGGUCUCAGGUCUCUCUUGCUUGUCUUUAAAUGUAAUUCAUCAGUAUCAUUUAUUGUAAUUCCUGUUCCUUAUUGCAAUGUCUGUUCCCAAAAGCUGAGGAUAGUUCAACCCAGUCUGGGAGGUGGGGUGAUAAGCCAGGUCGAAUAUAUGCACACUCACCUCUUCAAAUCAACUGCCAAUGCGGUUUUAGUUUGUCUGUGUUAAGGGUAUAAAAGAGAGCCGAGGUCGCACUCUACAGAGCUUUCUUCUGACAUGCAUGUGCUGUCAGAAAUUUCAUUUAACGGCGCCUUCACAUGUCAUUAGCAACCACAGUGCUGGAUUUCAGUUUUCCAUGUAAAAUAGCCUCAUAGGUUGGAGGCUUUAAGACUGGUCCCUGAGGAAAUAGAAUAAAGAGUAUAGGAUGAAACCAAUGGUAGUUUAGAAGAAGGGUUGGUCUUUUACCCUCAAAGGUAUGACCCUUACUCUUACUUCAACAGAAAGAUAGCUAAUUGGUUAAUAGAGAAAUGUUUUUACUGUUUGGGGAAGAGGAAGGAAGUAAAAUGUAUUAUUGACCAACACUGUAUGAUCUGAUCCUGUCAUAUACAGUUUUUAAAGGAGCACGUCCUGUUUGUAUUUCUGAGCAGCCCACACCUCACUAGUUUGUUUACACAGUAAACCAGAUCCAACUGGUUGCAGGCUCCGAUUGCUACUAUGUAGUGGUCUUAUAAGUCUAAUGUAAAUGUAUAGAGUAAUUUUAACGAGCUAGCAUUAGCACUCGUUGGAGAGAAUCAUAACCAAAAACCAAAGCUUUAAAGCUUACCAUGGAUCCCCAUGAAUGAAAAAUCAUUUGAGACCAGCAUUUAUAUAAUGUUUAAAGCACAGAGUUGUAGAAGAUUAGUUGUUUAAUUGCACACCUCGGGAAGAAUUUGUAUUUGCAAUUAAACACACAAAUAUACUGAUUGGCUUUCGAGAGCAAAUGAUAGACAAUGAAAUGCGGUAUUUCCACAUUUUAAGAUUUAACAGGAGACAUUAAAAGGUGUUUUGUAAAUCUGCUGUCAUCUGCCAUAAUAUGACAUGGCCUCUCUGAAAAUCGUACUGUUGUCCCGGGCCACAUUUAAUUCAAGCCCUUGGACAUUUUGAAAAUGUUAUAUAUAUAUAUAACAUUUUAUAUAUAUAUGUGUGUGUAUAUAUAUAUAUAUACACACACAUACACAUAUGUAUAUAUAUAUACAUAUAUAUAUAUAUCUUACGUUAUAAGUAGGCUAGUUAGGUUAAAUAAAUCACAAAAUACAGUACAUUAUACAUCAGAUUGAUGAUUGAAGCUACAAAGUGAUAAACCACCUAAACCUUUGGCCAAAUGAUGAGGAAAAUGUAACCUCAAAUUACUUCUUUAUAGUCCAAACAUUACUGGGUGUAGAAAGUAACGGACAGUGAGGAUGACAUAUCCUCAUCCUCUCAACCACAAGCUGGGACCUCUGGCAGGAUCUCAUUGUGAUCAUCAGAGUUUACCUUUUAGGGUUUUUAAUAAAGAUAACGGAAACCAAACAACAAAAUGUCCGCAUGCUAGUUGAUUCGUUGGUCUGACGGUCGACCGACGGCUCAAAAAUACUCCAGGAGACCUCGGAAACGACUAACUGAAUUCUCUUCAACUUCCGUUGUACUUUGAUAUUAAUCCUAGCAUAUUAUGCUAACAUGUUAAAUGCUAGCAUGUUACCCUGACAUGAUCAAUAUUAACAUAUGCUAACAAUUAUGACCUGGGAACAACAUGGCUUUUCCUCUGUUGCUCACCUCAGGCCAAACAUGAAGUGAUUGAUCCCAUUUCGUGGGAAAGAUCGACCAGCAAAUGUGUCUCUACUUUACUUCCAUCAAGAGAUGUGUAAUUUUCUCGUGUGUAAUGAGUUUCACACUCUCCUGGGCCACAAGUGUGACUAUUAUGAAUUAUAACCUUGUGUUUGUGCAUUCAUGAGCCAUCUGAAAACCACCCAAGACUUGCAUGAAGCCAGCUCCCUAAUUGACUUGAUGGCUGCAAUACCAGACAUAUUACUUCAAAUAAUGCAUUACUGUAGAAUGAAAGGGUGUUUGGAUUAAAAUCUCCGUAUUAAGAAUAGUCUGAACAAUGAAUGGCAUUAUUCUGUUUGUUUAGCGUGGACAUUUAAUCACACACAUGAGACCAUAAAAGUCAAAGCAUUCUACAUUUACAAUCUCAUGUCAGAUUUGCUCCCAAGAGCCCUCAGAACUACUUAAAUUUAUUUUCUAAAACCAACAUUUCUUCCUGUGGAAGACUGAUUAAAAGCGUGAUGGUAUAUUAAGCCGAGGCAUCGUGCAUCUCAUCAGCUGGCUGCACAUUUCAAAAUAUCCAUGCUGCAGAUGAUGGAUGCUGAUGACCUUUUACACUCGUGUUCAUGUCGGCUCCCUGCAUAGAGGGUUAAGGGCUAUAUGUUAUGUUUGCUGCUUUUUCUUUGAAGUUGAAAGUGAUGCUCCACACAAAUCUAUUUAAGUAUCAAACACUUGCUGUAAACGUUCAAGAUGGCUAUAAAAGUGUGUUGUUUCCCUCGACAAAAUCAUGAACUGGAUUUCCGUGUCAAACUUUAAAGGAUUACAAUAAUACUAAGCUAACUACUUAGAAAAACGUUUUCGAGCCACCAGUGAUUGAUCCUCAAAGGAAGGGUUCGGAUGGAGUAUCACCUUAAAGCAAAGGCACCAACACAAUGCAGCCGGUUCUCAAUGUCGGUAUAACUGCUUAAUCUGCCCAGGAGUCUGUCUUUCAUGAAUUGUACGGUUUAAUAUUGAUUUAAAAUAGUCUGAGUGGUUAGGAGUUACCAUGUCGGAACGAAAUGUAAUGUUGCUCUUUCUCCCCGACUAAAUUUAUCAAAUCAUUUCGCAAACAUCUUGUAGCAGUACUGUAUUCAACACGUAAUCCUUUUUGAUACGUGACAUUGCAUUUUGCAUGUCCAUUCAUUAUUAAUUAUUUGAUUUUUAUAUGAAUUACAUUGCAACAGAUUUCCACUGUUAUAACGAGUCUAAAGUUGCUUCCUAAAAUUAAUUGUCCAUUGAGAUGCUUGUGAUAAUGUAAAUACAUAUGAAACUGUUGAUCCAUAAUGUUUUAUAAGGAGCUCAAAUGUGAUAUGUGACCAUAGUUUUAAAGGAUAUAGUGUUUAUUUGAUGAGCAAAGUAUAGUAUUUUGUUAUUGUAUUUUGUGGGUAAAUUGUCAGUGUGCGAAGAAGGAAAUAUAUAGUACUAUAGAUAUUUAAAAAUAGAUUCUGAUAUAUUGUCAAAAACAUGGGCCACAUGGGUUUCUGUGCCUAUGAAUACUUGGUGGCAUCUUUUCAUUUUGUAUUUGCUUUCAGGGUUUAAUUUUAGUUUUUAUUUCUAGAUUUCUGUGUAAAGAACAGAGUUUAACACAAUGCAAUACAAUGGUUGGUGAUUAUUAUGUUUUCCCCCCAAAGACUUCUUGUCACAUUUUAAUUUGAAAAAAACAAACAAAUGUUUGGUUUUAGCCUUUGUUCGGUUCUCUCCAAACUGAUUUGUCUCUGCAGAAUUAACUUAAAGGUGAUAAUAAUAUUAGAUGUUGGAUUCUUCUUGUUUAUAUAACAUGUACAUCACUAUUGUGUGCAUAAAAGUCAAAAAAGAUUUAGGAUAAAAAUGUAUGGCUUUUGGAUUAUCAAAGGGCUGGUGUGUCUUUUUCUACUAUUUUGGUACUGUGUUACAAAUGGUUGUCUGUCUACCUUCUGCUUUGUACUGUCUAUUGAAUUCAUUUGUACUUUCACUUCUGUUAUGGAGUUUCAUUAGCUUGGAGCUUCCUAAUUUGGGCAUUAAUCCUGAGCAUUUAUUUGUAUAGUUUGAAUUAGUUAUUGUGACAUGUGAUUGGGUGUCUGGGGCAAUAUUUGUUCGAUCUUGGGUGAACGCAAUGCAGUCUACUUAAGAGUUCGAAGAAAGUUGAACUGAGUCCUGUGUGGAAACAUUUGUCUCUGCAGAUUCCUAAAAUUGGUUUUGACAUCUCAGCUUUUCUUUUGCUUCUCUUUUGUCUCACUGCUUUGUAAAAUAUCAAAGACCUGACACAAGAAGGGAAUACAACUGGUCUAGUAAAUACUGUAUGUGUCCUCUUAGCAAACAAAGAAUCUAAAAAACAUAUGACAAUCUUGUUGCUUUUCUGUUCAAUCAUCUGAUGUGCAUAUUUUACUUUCUUUGUCUAGAAUUGUUUUGAAGAUAGUUUGCAUCCACAUAAAAUUGUAAUUGGCAAAAAAGAAUGCAUUGCUGCUUGAUAGCAACGGUCUAUUGUAGAAGUGACGAUACAUGUAGCUGCUAAGGGCAAAUCGAAUCAGUCGCAGCUGUGUCAUAACUGCGCUUUGAUUCAGAGGUUAUUAAUUUAAUGACGUGCAAAGUGUAAAUACAUCUAUUGCCUGUCUUCUACGCUACAGUUUUGCCUUUAUAUUCAAACACAGCAUCACAACAAUGGCUUUUCUGCUGACACCUAUGCUCCUUUGCAGGUACAAAAUAUACUGACUUUUGACGGUUAAUAUAUACAGGCUUUUGACGGUUAGCAUUGGCCUCUUCUUCACGUGUAUUUAAAAAAACAUCGAAUGGCAUUUAGAUUGAGUCAGCCAUUAAGUUUAUCAAGUCUCAUGUGGAUGUUGUUUCCUCAGGGAAAUGUAUCUAUUUGUAAUGAAUAAAGAAAAUUAUACAAGUUGACACCAAACUGAAUGAAAAUACAAUGUUGGUCAAACUUUUUAUGAUCACUCAAUCUGUAUGAAUUGAAUCAAUAAAGAUAUCUGGUGUGCUUUUUCUUUGCAGCUCCAACACCUCAGCAAGAGGCACAGUUGGGGUAUAUGUGUUUUUAUUGGCAGAGAUGUACAUUUUGGUAAUUCUUUUGUACUUUAUAAUUUAUUUUCUAUUUAUUUUCAUUUCUUUCUCGCUGAGGAUUGUAUUUCAGAUUUAUCUAUUUUUUUUUUCUUUUCAAUAAAUGUUCUCAAAAUUGUC